CUAUUCCUUCCACUGACACCAAUGAUGGGGCACUAUUCCUCCCACUGACACCAAUGAUGGGGCACAAUUCUUCCCACAGACACCAAUGAUGGGGCACUAUUCCUCCCACUGACACCAAUGAUGGGGCACGUUUCUUCCCACUGACACCAAUGAUGGGGCAACGUUUCUUCCCACUGACACCAAUGAUGGGGCACUAUUCCUCCCACUGACACUAAUGAUGGGGCACGAUUCUUUUCCCACUGACACCAAUGAUGGGGCACUAUUCCUCCCACUGACACCAAUGAUGGGGCACUAUUUCGCUCCAUAAGACACACUUGGGGGGAAAUUAUUCCCGCCGCCGUUGUAUGUCCGCAGCCUCUGGUCAUCUCCUGUAAUAUGUCCGCAGCCUCUGGUCAUUCCCUGUACUAUGUCCGCAGUCUCUGGUCAUCUCCUGUACUAUGUCCGCAGUCUCUGGCCAUCUCCUGUACUAUGUCCGCAGUCUCUGGUCAUCUCCUGUACUGUGUCCGCAAUCUCUGGUCAUCUCCUGUACUGUGUCCGUAGUCUCUGGUCAUCUCCUGUACUGUGUCCGCAGUCUCUGGUCAUCCCCUGUACUGUGUCCGCAGUCUCUGGUCAUCUCCUGUACUGUGUCCGCAGUCUCUAGUCAUCUCCUGUACUGUGUCCACAGUCUCUGGUCAUCUCCUGUACUGUGUCCGCAUUUGUUCAUAGUUUUUUUUUUUCAAACUAUAGUCCGGCCCUCCAACGGUCUGAGGGACAGUGAACUGGCCCCCUGUUUAAAAAGUUUGAGGACCCCUGGUUUAGAACAAAGCAUGUUCAUGUGUUAGAAUGGCCCAGUC